AAAAAAAAAAAAAAAAAAAAAAGUCGAGGAACGCGACCUCUUCACAACGACGAAGAGGCGACGACGACGAAGAAGAAGUGCUUCGUUUCGAUCCAAUUCUCUCCAUUGAACGAAUCGGGCGAAGCAAACCCUAGUCAUCGCCAAGAUGAGUUUCCUCUUCGGGAAGAAGAAAACCCCGGCCGAACUGCUGAGGGAGAAUAAGAGAAUGCUGGAUAAAUCAAUUAGGGAGAUAGAGAGGGAGAGACAAGGGCUUCAAGCGCAGGAGAAGAAGCUCAUCGCGGAGAUUAAGAAAACCGCCAAGCAAGGCCAGAUGGGAGCUGCAAAAGUAAUGGCAAAGGACCUUAUCCGCACAAGACAUCAGAUCACAAAGUUUUACGCACUCAAAUCACAGCUCCAAGGUGUCUCUCUUAGAAUUCAGACAAUGAAAUCGACUCAAGCGAUGGGAGAAGCCAUGAAGGGCGUGACGAGGGCGAUGCGACAGAUGAACAGACAGAUGAACCUUCCGGAAUUGCAGAAGAUAAUGCAAGAGUUUGAGCGACAAAACGAGCAGAUGGAAAUGGUUAGUGAGGUCAUGGGGGAUGCAAUUGAUGAUGCUUUGGAAGGAGAUGAGGAAGAGGAAGAAACUGAAGAGCUCGUGAAUCAAGUGUUAGAUGAAAUUGGUGUUGAUGUUAAUGCAGAGCUUGUGAAGGCCCCUUCAUCAGCAGUAGCCCAACCAGCUGCAGCUGCAAAAGUUGCUCAAGCUGAAGCAGCUGGAACUGGAGAGAGCGGAAUAGAUAACGAUCUACAAGCUAGAUUAAAUAAUCUGAGGAAAAUGUAAUGUGCUGCAUUGUAUAGUGUAUUGAUGGGAGUAUACAAAGAGAAUUUACAGAGUUUGUUUGCUGAUAUAUUGAUUACAAAGGAUAUCAUAAUAUUGUGAAACUUUAUUGUUCGAUAUUUUUUGCAGUGUGUGUAAGAAAUACAUAUAUCAAGAGCUUGUCAUAUGUCCCAUUUGUUCA